AUGUCGGAUGGAGAGACGAAGGGUGAGCGAGUGGUGGACAGAGGAAUGGCACCCGAGAAAGAGAUGAGAGGACCGAGGCGGAGCAUUCGCUCCUUGGUCUCCCGCCUCCCCUCCCCCGCACAUCCCGCACCUCCAGGCCGCAAGCGAGGCGACCUGCACCGGCAUGGGUGCCGCCGAUCGCUGGGCCGCUAUUCCCCCAGCCGCGCAGGGAACUCCCCACACGCCGAGAUGAGGCAUCCCCAGGACCCUUCCCAGGAGACCCUGGCGGAGCCCGACCCAGCGCAGCCAUUUCCGUUGGCCUCUUCCCCUCCCCCAGCUCCUGGCUUUAAAAGCCAGAGGCUGGGCUGGGCAACCGGCAGAGGCUGCUUCGGGCUCAGGAGGCCUGCCCGCGAGCUGUCCGAGCUUCGAGCCCCGCCCCCGGAGCCCCGGCCCUCCCUUCCUCGGCCCGCCCUCCCUGCGCACCCCUCCCCCCGAGGACCCCCGCCCCCCGCCCGCCGCCGCCGCCGCUCGCUCGGGCUGCAGAACAAUAAAGCAAGCCUCCUAGAGACCCCCGCUGAGGACCCCCGCCCGGCGGCCGAGCCCCCCCGGGCCCGCCCCUCUCCGCCCGCGCCGGCUGAGCGCGCCCGGGCGCUGGCCGUGGUGCUGCCCUGGCCGGCGCUGGCCGCGGUGCUGAAGCUGCCGGCGCUACUGCUGCUACCGGCUCCGCCGCGGCGGGGGGGGGGAGGGGAAGGGGGCCGCGGGGCGCGGGCCAGCCCUGCACCCAUUCGCAGCCUCCAGGCCGGGACGGAGCCGCUCCCCCCCUCUCCGCCCCCCCAGCCUCCUCCCCCGCCUGUCCAGGGGCGGCACUGCUGGCUGGGAAGCCGGGACCAGAGGAGGGAAGGAAGGAAGGAAGAAGAGGAGAGGAGAGAGAACGGAAGGAAGAAGGAAGGAGGAAGACGAAGAAGAGGGGGGUCCGGAGGGGCACAGAGGAAACGCAGGGCAGAAAGGAGGAGGAGAGAACGCACGCAAGGCAUCAUCCACAGGCCAGAGUGGGGACCGGUGCUGACUCCGCUGCUCUCGGAUGUGACCGGGCUCCGCUGCAGCUGCAGCCCCUUCGAGCCCCGGCUCCGCAGGCCCGCAGCGCCGGAGCCCCGCAGGAAUCAUGCCCAGGUCCUUCUGGUCAAGAAGGUCAAACUUGACACGUUCUCUUCAGCAGACCUCGACAGCUCCUACGGGCGCGCCCGAAGCGACCUCGGAGUUCGACUGCACGAUAAAGGAUACCUCAGCGACUACGUGGGGCCCACGUCCGUCUACGAUGGCGACGCUGAGGCGACGUUGCUCAAAGGGCCGUCUCCGGAGCCCAUGUACGCUGCGGCUGUGCGGGGAGAGCUGGGUCCCGCUGCCUCAGGCUCGGCGCCGCCGCCCACCCCGCGCCCAGAGCUGGCCACUGCAGCGGGCGGCUACAUCAACGGCGACGCGGCGGUCAGCGAAGGUUACGCGGCUGAUGCCUUCUUCAUCACCGACGGGCGCUCGCGGCGUAAGGCCACCAAUGCCAAUGCUGCCGCUGCGCCCUCCACAGCCUCAGCUGCUGCCCCCGACAGCGACGCAGGAGGUGGGGGUGGGUCCAGCGCACGAAGCUCGGGCUCAGGGCCCGGGGGCCGGGGAGGCACGCGCGCGGGGGCGGGCACCGAGGCGCGUGCAGGGCCAGGAGCCACUGGCGCUGGUGGUCGGCAUGCGUGCGGCGAGUGCGGCAAAACAUACGCCACGUCGUCGAACCUGAGCCGCCACAAGCAGACGCACCGCAGCCUGGACAGCCAGCUGGCGCGGCGUUGCCCAACGUGCGGCAAGGUGUACGUGUCCAUGCCGGCCAUGGCCAUGCACCUGCUCACGCACGACCUGCGCCACAAGUGCGGUGUGUGCGGCAAGGCCUUCUCUCGGCCCUGGCUGCUUCAGGGCCACAUGCGCUCUCACACAGGUGAGAAACCCUUUGGCUGUGCGCAUUGCGGCAAGGCCUUCGCCGACCGCUCCAAUCUGCGCGCACACAUGCAGACGCACUCGGCCUUCAAGCACUUCCAGUGCAAGCGCUGCAAGAAGAGCUUCGCGCUCAAGUCCUAUCUCAACAAGCACUACGAGUCGGCCUGCUUCAAGGGCGGCGCCAGUGGCGCCGGAGGCCCUUCAGCCCCAGCGCCGCCGCAGCUCAGCCCUGUGCAGGCCUAGGGCUGCGGAGCUUCUGUCAGCCAGGUCGGCUCUCAGCAAUACGAGCCCCCAGGGAAGUCUCCGCUGGCGUCCGUGCUGAGGGGCCGGAGGGCGGGCCCCUCCUCACAGCAAUAGGGGGAGGGAGCCGGCCCCACCCCGCCCCGCUCGCCAGGGGCCUUACCUGCCCCUUCAAGCAAUAGGGUCCCGAGGGGAGACCCACCCUGAACCCCCUCCCCUCCUCCAGGGUGCCCCAGGCUUUCUCCCAGCAAUAGGGUCGAUCAGACCUAGAACCGAACCUCAUCUCUUAGUUGGGUCUCUGUAGACCGAGGGUGGGGUGAGGUAGGGAGCGCCCUCCUCCUUCCUCUGCGCCCCUGGAUCGAGUUGCAGAGACUCAGGUCUUCCCUAUCCCUUCCCAAGCCUUCCAGGCCGGGCCUUCGGCCCAGACGUCCAGGGAGCCAGUCCCUCCUGGCAGUAGGCCGCGGGAAGAGCAGGAGAGGGGGCAGGCCGCAGAAGCAUCCUGCCCUGCAGGCUUCGCCAAACUCCUGGGAGUCUUAGACGAGUUGGGGAUGGGGAAGGGGCGUGGACGGCGGCACUCCUCUCCCUCGGUUCUUUCUGGGGCCUCAGUCCGAGCCGCCCUCCUACCCUCCCCUCGUAUCCUCUGCCAAAUCCGAAUUCUUCCAGCCCAGUUUCCCGGGCUCUGUCCUCCAUAACAAAUAAUAAUGACGCAUAUCAACUCGCAUGGACUUAUCCGACCUACUCAGAUCCCGCUCCCGCCCUGCCCCGGGGCCCCCCCUCCCUCGUACCCGGGCUUUCGGUGUUGGAGGACAGAUACCUGGCCCGGCAGGCAGGCGUGCACUGCCCUCUACACACCUCUGUAUUCGCUUUGCGGGUAAAGCCCCUGCGGGGGGGGGCGGGUUUGCGGACGCGUCGGGUUUCUUUCUUUCUGUAUUUGUACGUUUUAUUUAUGAACGGAUUGCACUCGGGUCAGGGAGGAGGCGCCGAACCCUUAUCCUUCCCGCCGACGCCCGGGACUUGGGAUGUCCAGGAUCACUUAUUCCGCCUCUGAGCCGGGACCCUAGCUGGGCUCUGCCUCCUGGGAGCCGAGGACCCCGCCUCCCAGAGGCCGACCCCUCCUCCGAGGCCCUGGCCCCAUCCCCACUCAGUUGCCAACUUUCGCCCGUCUAUGCCAAAGCCUCGGCGGCGACCCUGCUCAAGGGCCCGCCCCAUUGGCCGCCGCCUUUGUGACGUCACUGCAUGCAGCCCCACCCCUCCUCCCAACCCUUCCCGGGGCUGCCCGCUCUCCCUUCCUCUUAGUUAGUCCGAUGCCGACUAUAGAGCAAUAAUGCGCACUGCAUGCGAAGCUGCCGCAGCCUCUAGAGUUACUAAGAAUCAGGUAUUCCCCGCCCUUACCCAACUCAUAGGCCCCUAGAUCAGGGAUGCUGCGCGGGGCCGGCCGCGCAGACUUUCUUUCUCCCCUUCCCGCCCCCCACGGCAGAGCCAGCUGGGCCGGCAUGAUGGUUCCAGGGGCAGGGGUGGGGGUGAUUGCACCAAGGCCUCUCGGUCAGUUGGCAAUCGCUCACCGGUCCUUUACUGGGCACCUAUUUGCCAGGCCCGUUGCUGAGUCUGUCAGACACGGCCACCUUGGGGGAGGUGCUUGUCCGCGACAGGAGCCCAACCGGCUUUCGUGGGCCAAGGACACAAGCAGAUGCAAAGGGCAGAGACCCUGGGCUCAGACGGCCCCGCUCCUCCCCACCUCUGUUCGGUCCAUACUGGUUACAGUGGGGCUCUGCUUUCGACUUGGGUCAUGAGUUCCCAGGUCAGGCGGGAUGGACCCAGAGUCCCAGAACCCAGCUUCACUAGGGUUGCCCACACAGGGCCCAAUCUUUUGAUUCCCUGGCAAACGCGGCUCUGCUGUGUGCGGCCAAGGUGCAAGCUGGAGUAUAUAUGAACAGCCUCAUCCCCAGCACCAAGCGCGGCUGCCCCACAGGGGCGGCCCUGACGGUCCAGCAUAGCUGUGCUCCCAUCCAAAACCCCACACACCUCCAGGGGUGGUGCCUGCAUAGCUUCCCAGCCCAGGUCUGCCCGCCUGUGCCGCAUGCAUACGCACACACAGGCGCCCCGCCCCACCCCACUCCGCACUCCUGUCUACCUACCUAAGGAGAAUGCCCCAGGGCCCUGGGCCCUCCUGGUUCUCCCGCUUCCCCCACACCCUGCCGCCGUGGAAAGCCAUGGGCCCCCUCCUGCCCCCAUAACUAAGCAGCACAAUAACCGACUUAGCGAAUUCAGGUAGAAGGAACGUUUAGGUAGCACCUAUUUUGUACUGAUUCUACAAGUAGGGCCCGAGGUGCGGGGCCCUCGGGUGGGGGCUGUGGCUGCCGGCCCGCCCCGCCCCCACCCCUGCCUGCGCCCCGCCGCCUUGUACAUUUUCCCUGCCCUGAACAGGCCGGGAUUUUUACUCGGGCCGCGCCCCUCUUCCGCCCCCAUUUGGGGCCGGGCCGGCCGGACAGACGGACGGACGGACAGACCUCCUUCCUAAGCACAAUAGCACCAGCUCCCCGGAGCGCCGCACCUCCACAAGGAGAAUAAAUGCCACUCUUGAUAGAAUUUGGA